UCCAAACUCCUGUUCUUGAGCCAGAUUUCAUCAGGGCUAGAAGCAGAAGAGCUUUCGGUUGUCGUUCAGGUCUCCGGUUGCGAUCGAUAUCAAAUAUGGUGGGCUUCAGCGGCGACGAAACUGCCCCCUUCUUUGGAUUCUUGGGCGCCGCGGCUGCCCUUGUUUUCUCCUGCAUGGGGGCGGCGUACGGCACGGCGAAGAGCGGCGUGGGCGUGGCUUCCAUGGGGGUUAUGAGGCCCGAGUUAGUGAUGAAGUCGAUCGUGCCGGUAGUUAUGGCCGGUGUGCUCGGCAUCUACGGACUCAUCAUAGCCGUCAUUAUCAGUACUGGUAUAAACCCUAAGGCCAAGUCCUACUACCUCUUUGAUGGAUACGCCCAUCUUUCCUCGGGCUUGGCUUGUGGGCUUGCGGGCCUCUCGGCGGGCAUGGCAAUUGGGAUAGUCGGUGAUGCGGGUGUCAGAGCAAAUGCACAGCAGCCAAAACUAUUCGUGGGAAUGAUUCUCAUUCUCAUUUUUGCUGAAGCCUUGGCCCUGUACGGCCUCAUUGUGGGCAUCAUCCUUUCAUCUCGUGCAGGUCAGUCUAGAGCCGACUGAGGGGAAAAAUAUGAAUCUCUGUUCCUCUGCGGCUCGGUGCCUAAUCUGGCUAUCGAACAAUCAUGUGCUUUUAUUUACGUCUACUUUGGUUCUUUGAACUUGGUGGUUCAAAUUUCUGUAAACGAGAUGCUUAAAUGGAGCUUUAUUCUGUUUUAUGCAAACAUGGCCCAUAGAUUACACGCGUGUAGAAGAUUGAUAUGGAAUUUGUGAAAUUAAGCCCAGUGCCUGUCCGUUUAAUCCGAGAAAUGGUUUCUGAUUGUGGUCUUUAUUUU